GGGUUUCCUGUUUUAUAAGCUAUAUUUAGUCACAAUUUUUUUCCAUAACCGACUCAUUAGUAAUAUAUAUGUCAUAACUCCAUCCGCAUUCUCAUAUGUUCCCGCACCUUAUUGACCGUAACGCAACCUAGGUCACUACUACUGCUACCAUAGUACCAUCAAAUGGGUAACAAUAAGCAGAGACGAUUCAAGAACCAUCAUGGUCAAUCUAGACACACCCAUAAUCUGCUCAGCAAUGAAGAGUCACUACCCAUUGAUUCAGGUGAAGAGGAGAAUACACCACGCCCCAGUGUUCAGCUUGCUAUGUGGGUAUGCUUUAUAUGCUUGGACUUGGAUUUUGGUCAAUGCGAUGCAAAAAGAUGCACUGGCCGCAAGCUUGCACGAUUUGGUUUGUUAAAGGAGUUGCGAGUCAAUAGUUUCUUUAACGGCAUUGCUUUAAGUCCGGCUGGAUCACAUUGCAUAUCAAGAGAGGAUCAUGUUUUAAUUGAACAGAAGGGACUUGCAGUUGUGGAUUGUUCAUGGGCACGUUUGGAUGACGUGCCUUUUGCAAAGCUACGGUGUGCUGCACCUCGUCUUUUGCCUUGGUUGGUAGCAGCAAAUCCAGUAAAUUAUGGCAAGCCUUGUCAGCUCUCUUGCGUUGAGGCAUUAGCUGCUGGUUUAAUUAUCUGUGGUGAGGAGGAAAGUGCAAAUUUAUUGCUGAACAAGUUCAAAUGGGGCCAUGCUUUUUUGUCCCUCAAUAGAGAACUUUUAAAGGCAUACUCUGAAUGCAAGACAAGUUCCGAAAUUAUUUUAACUCAAAAUGAAUGGCUCUCCAGGCAAACCUCACAGGUCCCACAAACCUUUGCACAUGCCCAUGCAAAAGAUGCAGAAUCUCAUGAAGGUGGUGAAAAUUCUUCUAACGACUCUGAUGAUGGUCUUCCACCACUUGAAAAAAAUAUGAAUCAUUUGAAUUUGGUGAAUAGUGAUGAAGAGAGUGAAUGAGGCGCUUUCCUUAGCGCAGCAAUCUAAAACAAUGCUUAUGCGGCAACAGAUUAGUCCGGACAAGCCCGUAUCUGUCAUAGCUUCUUGUCUUUUAUAAUGUAAACUACUCCUCCAUUCUUAAAUAGAUUCACAGCAUGUUGAAUUUUACACUAUUCACAUGUUGUACUUUGAUUGUAUUUUAUUUAUUAAUGUAUUAGAAAUUAAGGUUUUGAAGAAUAUUAUUAUAUUCCUCUCAUUUUAAAAUUUCGAAAUCUGAGUUUUUUAUUAAUAAGGAAUAAAAUACAUCAAUAAUCAAA